CGAUGUUAAGGAUAACGCGCGGCUGGAAAAAAAGCCGCUGUAGGGAGAUGCUGCUCUGCUGCAGGAGGGUUUUGGCUGUAGUGAGUGAUUUGUCUGUAGUCACGCGCUCGGCACGAAGGACCUGUAACGACGCCGUUUUCUUUUCCCGAGAUCAAAAAAGGUUACGUGAGCACCGGCGUUUCUUAGAUGCCGUGUGCAUAGCGGCAGCCUGGCUUCAGGCUUCAGGAAAAACGGUGCUGUGUCUGUAUGGUGCUGGAAGGGAGCAGCCAGCAGGAGGAAAAUCUUCACUGACGAUUCAGUUUGUGGAAGGACAGUUUGUUGAUUCCUAUGAUCCAACCAUAGAGAACACUUUUACAAAACUGAUCACUGUAAAUGGCCAAGAAUAUCACCUUCAGCUGGUUGACACUGCUGGCCAGGAUGAAUACUCCAUAUUUCCUCAGACAUACUCCAUAGACAUCAAUGGCUACAUUCUUGUUUAUUCAGUCACGUCAAUAAAAAGUUUUGAAGUGAUAAAAGUUAUCCAUGGCAAGUUAUUGGAUAUGGUGGGAAAAGUCCAAAUACCCAUUAUGCUGGUUGGAAAUAAAAAAGACCUGCAUAUGGAACGGGUGAUCAGCUAUGAAGAAGGGAAAGCUUUAGCAGAAUCCUGGAAUGCAGCUUUCUUGGAAUCUUCUGCUAAAGAAAAUCAGACCGCCGUUGAUGUUUUUAAGAGGAUAAUUUUGGAGGCAGAAAAAAUCGAUGGGGCAGCUUCACAAGGGAAGUCUUCAUGCUCAGUAAUGUAAUUCCACUGCAAAGCCUGAAAACAAUGGGAAUACAUUCUACCUGAAGAAGCAAAACUGCCCUUUAUCUUCAAGGAUAAACUAUGCUUUCUUUUUUUUUUUUUUUUUUAAUUUUUUAAUUUUUGUGGUUUUUUUCUUCUGUUAACCUGAGAGAUACACAGUUGGUUUGGAGCCUUUCCCUUCAGAUUAUGUUAAACUCUGACUCCUGUGCAAAUGGCUUCACUUCCAUUUUCAAAUUUUAAGCAAUCAUAUUUUCAAUUUAUAUAUUGUAUUUCUUAAUAUUAUGACCAAGAAUUUUACUGGCAUUAAUUUUUCAGUGUAGUUUGUUGGUUAGAAUAAUCAUCAAAAUGAUGCAUAUUGUUACACUACUAUUAACUAGGCUUGGAUAUCAGUGUUUCUUUGUGUUAAAUGUAUACUUGUAAAUAAAAUAGCUGCAAACCUUCA